CCAACCUCGUACCUGCUGCCCACUGCCAUCCAACUGGCCUGGAACUGGCAAAACCCAGGCUGGAGGAACGAUGUGCUGGCUGCGGGCAUGGGGCCAAAUCUUUUUGCCAGUUUUCCUCUCCCUCUUUUUCAUUCAACUGCUUAUCAGCUUCUCUGAGGAUCAUUUUUCCCACGUCUCCAGACAGAGGGGAAAACAGAGAUCAAAGUCUUUGGAUGAUGCAUGUACUAUAAAGAAAAAUUGUCAAUUAUGCACAGAAGAUAAGAAAUGUUUUUGGUGCAGUGAAGAAAGCACUUGCAAAAAAAUGUGUUUUCCAUCUUUCGGGUGUCAAUUCAGUUCUGUAUAUUGGGCAAACUGUAGAGUUGACAUGUUUGGAUUCCUGAUGAUUCUACUCAUCAUAAUAUUAAUUACAGCAUUCGUUUGGUAUUUCUGCAUCUGUCAAACUCAAGUCUGUGUUCCUGGAAGACCAGCCACAUUUUAUAUUCACCGUGGCCCUACUGCUGACUAUGAUGAAUAGAUAAUUGGAAAAGAUAGAUUUCCAGAGGGAGAAAGAGGGUUUCUUCAACGGCUUCCUUCAGGAUUUUAAUCAUCCUUACAGCCUCUUUGAAAAUGAUUGAACUUUCAAAUUCCCUUAAGUUAAAAUUUUAAAUUCUACUGAACAUUUUUGUAGAGUAUUUCAUUACUUUUACAUUAUGACUUGCUCAGUAAUUUGAGAUCAUAAGGGUUGAAAAAGCUCUUGAGACAAGAUUUUAUGGUUAAUUUAAAAACUUUUUAAAAACUUCUGAAUAAUCUCCUUCCUAGCUAGUUUUACAAUAUUAAUGUUCUUUCUUUUGGAACAUAAUGUGGUAUAAAUAUAGAAUGUUCAAGCAUCCAACAUGUAAAUUUAAAUAUGGCAUAGGGAUUGAAGGCUACACUCAAGAUUAUGUAUGACGUUGUUUUCUUAUCAGUGUUACCAGUCAGUAACAC